AUGAAGCUCCUGGCUUUUGCUACGACAGUACUCGGCUUUUCCAGCAACGUCGUGGGUGCAGCUUCCUCGAAUCCCUUUGGCUCGGCCUUCGAAUGCCUCAAGCUUAAGCAAGUGCUUGAUAACAUCCCUGUCAACCAAAUCGCGAACCUUUUCCAGUCCGAAUACUGCAGCCGUGGUUGCAAACUCCGGAAAUCCGACUAUGAACACCAGCUGCGAGCUAUUGCUGGUUCUGUAAUUGAGACCGAAUCGGCAAACAUGGGCGAGUCGGACCUGAGCUCGUCCUGGGUAUCCUGGGUGGAGCACAUCAUGGACAAAACAUACGAGACCUGCUUGGAUGAGGAGAAUGCGGACGAAGACUUUUGUCGGGAUCCAUCGAGACUGACUGGUUUCACAAAAUGCGUCAAGAGCAAUUUUUGGUUUGAGACUAUUUCCAACCCUGGUCUCGUCCUUCCGAUGUUUUUGGGAAGUGGUUGUGCGAACAGGGUGAAGUUUUUGUCGAAUCCUGAACUAUGGGAUACAACACUUGCUGGGUACAUGCGAAAGGCAUCCGAGACCUGUUUAGGUAAGACCUCCAUUCUGUUGCCUGUAUAUCCGCAAGAACUAAAUGAUUCUUUUCCAGCCGAAUGA